AUGAGCGCCAGGCUUCUCCAACUGCUGCCUUUGGCGGCAUACGCUUCGGCAUCAUCCCUCUACUCAACUUACAAGUUCAACCCGUUGGAGCAUCUCGGUGGUAUCGCUCCCUACUUCGAGCCUCUCGACCCCCUGUCAUCUCCCGACGCACCUCAGGGUUGCACGCCAGAGCGCGCCGCCUAUCUCGUGCGCCACGCUGCCAUCUACGCCAACGACUUCGACUUCGAGGAGUAUAUCGAGCCGUUCCUUGAGAAACUAGGAAACAAGUCGAUUGAAUGGAGCAAGGUGCCGCAUCUGAGCUUCUUGGCGGACUGGGAGGCCCCCGUUUCCGAAGCCGAAACCUCCCUCCUCACUCGCGUCGGCCGCCUUGAAGCCACCCAGCUCGGCGUCGACCUCGAGUUCAGAUACCCCAACUUCAAGCUUCCCCAGCGCGUAUGGACCUCGUCGGCAGAGCGAACCUACAAGUCAGCGCAGUCGCUCGUGCGCGGAUUGGAGACCGACGACAACACGAUGAACGUCGUCAGCAUCUACGAGUCCAAGGAGUCCGGCGCCGACAGCUUGACCCCGUAUAAGGCCUGCCCUGCCUACUCUUCCUCUGCAGGCAGUGAGCAGUCCGCCCAGUUCCAGAAGAAGUUUGCCACGCCCAUCAUGAAGCGCUUCAACGACUUGGCGUCCGACUUCAACUUCACCGUCAACGACGUCUUCGGCAUGCAGCAGUUGUGCGGUUACGAGACCGUCAUCCGUGGCAAGUCUCCCUUCUGCGACCUCGACCUCUUCACGCCCGACGACUGGCUUGGCUGGGAGUACACCGAGGACAUCCGCUACCACUACAACUCCGGCUACGGCAACAACGUCGCCGGUUACGUCGGCAUGCCGUGGCUCAACGCUACGGCUGGUCUCUUGAUGGGCCAGGACUCCGACGAAGACCUGUACGUCAGCUUCACCCACCGUGAGUUGCCUCCGAUGGUCAUUGUUGCCAUGGGUCUGUUCAACAACUCCGAGGCCGGCGGCGGCUCCGAGGCCACCAUCAACGACACGAUGCCCCUGGACAGAAUUAACUAUCGCCGCGCGUGGCGCAGCUCCCACGUCCUGCCUUUCCUGGGCAACAUCGCCAUUGAGCGAUUGAACUGCAGCGGAAGCUAUGGUUACGACGACGGAGAGUACUACCGCGUGCUGGUAAACAGCUCACCUCAGCCUCUGUCUGAUUGCGCGGACGGCCCUGGAACCUCUUGCUCGAGGAACGGUUUUGAGAAGUACAUCCAGGACAGAGUUGAGAGGUUCACUGGUUUCUCGGAGCAGUGCGGUGUGAAGUACGAUAACUCCACAGACGUCAUGUCGAUCUACCAGGACGCGUCGGUGGGCAACGGGACCACCGUUGGCAAGCGUUAUACAGCCACUUUCCAGUAA